AUGGUGCGACUGAAGGCCUUCGCGGCCAUCAACAGCGCCAGCCUCGGGCCCCAUGGGCGGGGUGCCGAGACGGCCGAGGCGCUGGAGGUGCGGAUCCUGGGCGCCUUCGAAUCCGCCCUAAACCAUGCAAGGCUGGGCAAGCUCGAUCAGGCCGAGACCCUGCUGCGGGGCAUCCUGCGCGAGCCGGCGGUGCAGAGGGGCGAUGUGGAGCAGCUGUCCCGCCUGCGUGUGCUGGCGCUGAAGCAGCUGGCGGCCCUGCUGGCCGGCAGGGACGGCGGCGGCCCCGCGGCCCUAGACUGCCUGUGCCAGGCUUGCGACCUGGGCCCCCCCGACGCGGUCCUGCUGAGCCGCCUGACCACCCUGGCGGGGCGGGAGGGGCGCUGGCCGCUGGCACGCUGGGCUGCCGAGGCCGGGCUGGAGCUGGACCCGGCCCACCCCACCCUGGCCGCCAAGGCGGCGGCCAUCGCCAGCCACGUGGGCGACGGCGCCUGGGCCGAGGAGUUGGGCCGUUCUGUCGGGGGCAGGCGCUGGGACGCGGCGGCGCCCACGGCCUUCCGCGCCGCGCUGCCGGCGGCCUACCAGGCGGAGCGCCCCCUGCCAGAGCCCAGCGUGCGCAGCGUGGCUUUGCCCCGCGACUGGACCCCCGUGCUGCUCGAGGUGGCCGCCUUCCUGGGCGCCGGCUCUGCGCUGUGCGAGGAGGGCCCCGACCGACUGAUAUUGCUGGAGCGGGAGAGAACGGAGGGGCGUACGGCGGGGGAGCAGAGCCCGCGCGGCAUGGGGGCGCCGGGUGCAGUGCCCGGCGAGCCAGGGCAGGAGGGUGAUGCGGAGGUCGACGCAGGCGGCGGCGACGCGACCCAGCCGGCGGGGGAGGGCGGCACAGAGGCCGCGCCUGCCAAGCUGACCAGGUCCAGGGCUCGGGGCCUGGGCGACGACCCGACCCAGUCGCAGCCGGGUGGCGACGAGGGCGCCGAGGACGAGGGCCGAGCGAGCCUGGGCGUGGAGGUGCUGGCGCGCCUGGGCGCUGCGCACCAGGCCCUGGCCACGCUGCCGCCCGAGGGCCGGGACGCUGUGCUGGCGCUGGCGAGGCACGUAGUCGGCGCCCAGGGUCUAGGCGCAGACGCCCUGGAGCCGCCUGUCGCGUUGGUGCUCGCCGAGUACUUCUUGGAUCGCGCAGAGGCCGAGGCGGGGGCGGACGGCGCGGCCGCAGCCGGCGCGGCGGCGCGGCUGCUGGAGCCCUGUGAUGCCUUGCUGGCGCGGGCGGCCACGGCCAUGCCCGGAGCCUGGCCGGCUGGUGAGGGCGAGCGUGCAAUAGAAGGCGCGCCGUCUCCGCCCUGCCUAGCCGCGCGCCUCGCCUGGACCAGGGCCCGGCUGCUGGAGGCGCGGGGCGAUCGCGCCGCCGCGCGCUCUGCCUUUGAGGCCGCGGGUGCCGAGCUGCGAGCCGGCCCCGCUCAGGUGGUCCCGCUGCCGCACUGCCGCCUGACCCCGGAGCUGUCCCCCGCCGCGGUGGAGGCUCGCCUGCACGCCGCCUCCAUCCGCGACCUGCUGGACGCGGCAGCCGAGGGGAGACUGGGCGUGGAGGGCGAGGCCGGCGUGGUCGCCGCGCUGGCCCCUACCCCCCCUGUCCCGCUGCUGGGCGACGCCGACGCGCUGCGCACGCUGGCCGGCGGCGCGCGCGCGCUGUGCGCGCUGGAGCUCGCCCUGCCCGCCAGCGUGGGUGGGCUGCAGCUGGAGGCCGCCGCGCCGGACCACACCAUGGCGACGUGCGUCGCGCUGUGCGCGCUGGGCUGCCUGCAGGCCCUGGCCAGCGGAGGGGGGCAGGGCACCGAGGCCGUAGCGGCCGCGACAGAUGCCAUCGAGGAAAGCGGGGUCACAGCGACGGCCCUGCGCGCCGCCGCCGCCGCAGACCUCGCGGUGGUUGUGCAGGAGCUCUUCCGCAUGGUCAGGCGGGAGGAGGGUGCGGCGAGCCUGGUCAGCAUGCUGAGCGCGCUGGGGGUCGCCCUGGGGGAAGCGGGCGCGCUCGCCGCGGGGGAGGGGGCCUGGCCGCGGCUGUGCCUGCGCCACCUCCUCUUCAUCUGGGAGAGCCUUGGAGGCAGCUGGGAGGCGGGCGCCGAGGUAGAUGCCGCCGAUGCAGUGCUGCUGGAGCAGGUGGUCCAGGGCAUCCGGGCCUGCCUGCACUGGCUCUGCGCGCUGGACUUCCCGGAGCUGGACCAGGACGAGGGGGUUUGGGGGUCAGGCGCCUUCAAGGCGUUUGACGACCCGGGCGAGGACUGGGCAGUCCUUGGGGAAGCGGAGAUCAGAGCGGUGUGGGGCCUGGUGUUCCCAAUGCUGGAUGGGCUGAGCCGCCAGGCGUUGACACGACAUGCCGGCUUCCUGAGGGCCGUACACCGGCAGAUCGGGGCUCCUCCCGAGGAGCUCAUGGCCGCUGCACAACACUGGUGGAGGGAGCUGGAGGGCAGGGGGCUGCAGGCCGAUGCAGCGGCCACUUGCGCGGAUCCGGUGCGCCAGGGCCUCUACUUCCUCCUCACACGAAUCAGCCCCGAGGCGGAGGUACCCGCUGGCCGCGCCCUGGAUCCGGCGGUGGAUGCGGAGCUGGAGGGGAUGCUCCAGCUCGCCAAGCACACGCUGCUGUACUCGCCGGACGAAACCCACUUUGGAUGGAAGCUGCUCGCUGACGCAUAUGCGGCCGCCUCGGAGCGACUGCUGACAGAGGCCACGAUCACGGCCGACCGGUACCGCUGGCUGACCCGCGUGUGCGCUGCCAUCGCGGCCCACGUGACGUACGACCUGGAGGCCAGGGCAGACCUGCUCAAGCUCGUGGCCGAAGAGUGCAUGGCAGACCUGAGCGCUGCCCUGCCCUGGAGCGACCCUCUCGCGUCUCGGCCCAACGGCCCGCCGUCCGAUCCCUCCCGCCUGCGCAGUGCGCGCGCCCACUUCCGGCGCGCGCUCGAGCGCGACCCCCGCGCCUGGACCGUGCAACUGGGCCUGGCUCGGUGCUCAUGGAAAGCGCAGCGGCCGUGCGAGGCGCUGGCGCUCUUCGCGGCCGCCGCGCGCAGCGCGCAAGAGCUGUGCGGCGGCCUGGUGGAGCCGGUGUUCCGCCUACACGCGGCGCGGGCUCGGCUGCUCCUGCCGGGCGAGAAGCGCGGCGGCAGCGGGCCCGACGAGGCUGCGCGCCUGCGCCGCGCCCUGCUGCUCACCGCCUUUGACCCGGACGCUGUGCGCGAGUCCGAGGCGGGGGGCGCGCCUGUAGAACGCGCGCUCGCCGACGACGCUCUGGCGGCGAUGCGCUGGUGCCUGGGGCGGGACCGGCACCACCACCUCGCCGCGGCGAUGGCGGCGCGCCUGCUGGCGGCGCGCGGCGAGGCGGCGGCCGCGGCGGCCGAGCUCGCGCCGCUGUUUUCCAAGGCCAAGCAGGCCUUUGUCUUCAAUAUGUUCCCCAUCGCACAGGGUGACGAGGGCGCAGGCAGGGGCGCCGACUGGCGCGCACGCCUCCUGCAGGCGGAUGAAGGGCGGCGGGCUGGCGGCGAGGGCGUCUGGGACGAGGCGACGGCUGGUCGAGGGAUGCCCGAGGGUGGCAAGGCUGUCGAUACAUACGGCGCUUUUGAAUCACGCGAUGGCUCAGAACGCGGCACCAUGGCAAAUGAAGAUGGCCUAGAGGGCGCGGGCCGCCCGCCACCGCGCACGGCGGCCAACGGCCUGGAGGAAGGCAGCCGCGCCUUCUGGCGGCGUGCGCACAAGACGCUGGCCCUGUACCUGUCCCUCUUGGGCCAGACGGGGAACCUGGAGACGCUCCAGGCGGCAGCCGCCGCCCUGGCAAAGGACGCGAGCGCGGCGGAGCAGCAGGCGGCGGGCGCUCCGGUGCGGCUGCCCCACGCCCGCCGGACCGCCGAACUGGCGUGGGGCCAGUACCUGCUGACCCUGACGGCGGCGCUGCAGCGCCCUGUGGAGACGCUGGCCGGGGCCAUGCGGUGCGUGGAGGGGCCUGGCCCACGCGACCCCGGCGACUGCCAGCAGCUGGCCUCCCCCGCGCAGCUCGAGCUGGCACAGUCCAUUGAGACGCUGCCCCUGGAGCCCUUCCAGAGGGCGUACGAGCAACUGGAUGCUGGCUCCAAGGUGCAUGCCCAGGCGUGCAGGGCGGCGGCCGCGCAUGCCAUGUCGCUGCUGAGAAGUAAGAAAGCGCGACGUGCGGCGCAGGCUGCCGCCCCAGACACCAGUGGCAAGUCGUGGUUUGACAUGCCAGCCACCAGAAUCACCGAGGAGGUCAAGAGGGACCUCCGCAUGCUGCGCUUGAGGUCUGCCUUUGAUCCCAAGGCCUUUUACAAGAAGUUUGACAACACGAAGUUCCCCAAGUACUUCCAGAUGGGCACAGUUGUGGAGGGUGCUGCUGACUUCUACUCAAGCCGGCUGACCAAUUCUGAGCGGAAGCAGACGUUUGCAGAGGAGAUUGGGGCGGAUCCCCGGCUGACACAGGCACGCCUCAAACGGUAUGGCAAGAUGCAGGAGGAGAAGUCCAGGUUCUCGCGCAAGGGGCGCAAGACUGACAACCCCAGGCUCAAGAAGAAGCCACGGCGGCCAAAGCAUUGA